UGUGAUUGUGCCAGAUGGAAGUUUACAAUCCUGUAUGCUGUUAUGCUCGUCAAGAUCAUGUUAAAUUCCAGAAGAUGUGAUAGGUAUGGUUCCCAUCCAUCAGGGCCCCACGGUUGUAACUUCUGCUGGGGGGACUCCUGGCUCUGUGCUCCGGAAUCAAAUCCUGUCUUAGUUUCUCUAGCCUAGUUGUAAUCCUGGCUCCACCCAUUUUGUGGUUGGUACAAAUAAAAGUGCUGGAGGCUUGUCUUCCACUUGUCUCUUCAAAAAAGGAAGGAUUAGCUGAACGUGGACAACGAUGGAUCUCAAACGCAGUCAUUCUGUGAAGCUGAAUGAUGGACACUUCAUGCCGGCACUUGGAUUUGGUACUUUUGCUCCUAAACCAAUUCAAAAAAACAAGGCUUUCGAGUUCACUAAAGUGGCCAUUGAUGCAGGUUUCCGUCAUAUCGAUGCAGCAUACUUAUAUGAAAAUGAGGAGGAGGUUGGGGCAGCUAUUCGAGAGAAGAUUGCUGAUGGUACUGUGAAGAGAGAGGACAUAUUCUGCACCACCAAGGUUUGGGCUACAUUCCUUCGACCAGAGUUGGUUCGAACAUCACUGGAAAAAUCACUGAAAAAACUUCAACUGAAUUAUGUUGACCUAUUCCUCAUACAUAUUCCAAUUCCGAUGAAGCCUGCGGAUGACCUCCUACCACAGGAUGCCAAAGGGCAAAUCAUUUUAGAAACAGUGGAUCUUCGUGACACAUGGGAGGCUCUGGAGAAGUGCAAGGAUGCAGGUUUAACCAAGUCCAUUGGGGUGUCCAAUUUCAAUCACAAACAGCUGGAACUAAUACUGAACAAGCCAGGGCUCAAGUAUAAGCCCACCUGCAACCAGGUGGAAUGUCAUUUUUAUCUCAACCAGAGCAAACUUCUGGAGUACUGCAAGUCCAAGGACAUUGUUCUUGUUGCUUACAGCGCCUUGGGAUCCGGCAGAGAUCCAUUCUGGAUUGAUCAGAGUAGCCCAUAUCUCUUGAAAGACCCAACUGUGAAUGCCAUUGCUAAGAAAAUCAACCGAACCCCAGGUCAGGUUGCCCUGCGCUACCUUCUGCAGCAGGGGGUGGUGGUCCUGGUCAAAAGCUUCAGUGAGAAGAGAAUCAAAGAGAACUUCCAGAUUUUUGAGUUUGAAUUGACUGCAGAGGACAUGAAAGUAAUUGACUGCCUCGACAAGAAUUUACGAUAUUUUAAAUUUCUAUUUGCUGUUAAUCACCCUAAUUAUCCAUUUUCUGAAGAAUACUGAUCAUGAAAUAUUGAAUGUUAUUACCAGAAUAUUCUUCAAGAUGGUUGUGGAGAAAAUUUGUCUUUGGUAGACGUGACUAAGAAGCAGUGUCUGU